AUGGAGUUGACUGAAGUUAAGUAUAAUGUAUCUGUGUGUGUUUUGCAGUAUGCCUCACUCCAGUCCAGAUGCUGUGCCAUACACUGCAAUGCUUAUUAUUCCACUGUCUACAACCCCAAUGAAAAGACCUUUGAUAAGAUCCUAAUUGCCAACAGAGGAGAGAUUGCCUGUAGGGUGAUCAAGACAUGUCGCAAGAUGGGCAUCCAGACUGUAGCUGUUCACAGUGAUGUCGACUCCAGUGCUGUUCAUGUAAAGAUGGCUGACGAAGCAGUGUGUGUCGGCCCUGCCCCCACCAGUAAGAGCUACCUGAACAUGGAUGCCAUCAUGGAUGCCAUCAGAUCGACUGGAGCACAAGCUGUUCAUCCUGGCUAUGGGUUUCUCUCUGAAAACAAAGAGUUUGCAAAGCGACUGGCAGCAGAGGAUGUAGCAUUCAUUGGCCCAGACACCCAUGCUAUCCAGGCUAUGGGGGAUAAAAUUGAGAGCAAGCUGAUCGCUAAGGCUGCCAAGGUCAACGUCAUCCCAGGAUUUGAUGGAGUCGUAAAGAAUGCUGAGGAUGCUGUGAAGAUCGCACAGGAAAUUGGCUACCCAGUGAUGAUCAAAGCAUCUGCAGGAGGAGGAGGGAAAGGGAUGAGGAUUGCUUGGAACGAUGAGGAGACGAGGGAAGGUUUCCGGUUCUCGUCUCAGGAGGCAGCAUCCAGCUUUGGUGAUGACAGGCUGCUCAUUGAGAAGUUCAUAGACAACCCCAGGCACAUAGAGAUCCAGGUGCUUGCUGAUAAACAUGGUAAUGCUCUGUGGCUGAAUGAGAGGGAGUGCUCCAUCCAGAGGAGGAACCAGAAGGUGGUGGAAGAAGCUCCCAGCACUUUCCUGGAUCCUGAGACACGGCGGGCAAUGGGUGAGCAGGCAGUGCAGCUGGCCAAGGCUGUGCAGUACUCCUCUGCCGGCACUGUGGAGUUCCUGGUGGAUUCGAAUAAGAACUUCUACUUUCUGGAAAUGAACACACGACUACAGGUGGAGCAUCCAAUUACAGAGUGCAUUACUGGCCUGGACUUGGUGGAGCAGAUGAUCAGGGUUGCCAAGGGUUACAAACUGCAGCACAAACAGAAAGAUAUCCCAAUAAACGGCUGGGCCAUUGAGAGUCGUGUCUACGCUGAGGAUCCUUACAGGUCUUUUGGUCUUCCCUCUAUUGGACGGCUGUCUGGAUACCAAGAGCCACUCAACCUCAGUAAUGUGCGUGUGGACAGCGGCAUUCAGGAGGGAAGUGACAUCAGCAUCUACUAUGAUCCCAUGAUCUCUAAGUUGGUUACCUAUGGAGCUACGCGAGCUGAAGCCCUUGCCAGAAUGGAGGAUGCGCUGGAUAACUAUGUUAUCAGAGGUGUGACGCACAACAUCCCCCUCCUGAGGGAAAUCAUCACCCACCCCCGCUUUAUCUCUGGUGAUAUCAGCACCAACUUCCUGCCGGAGGUUUAUCCCGAUGGCUUCAAGGGUCACCAGCUGAAUGUAGACACACGCAGGGAGCUGUUGGCCUCGGCAGCAGCGCUCUACAUCACUGCUCAACUCCGCUCACAGAAGGUCCUGGGUGACCUGAGGGUGUCAUCUUCUCCCGUGAAAUGUAGCACCUGGGAGCUGCAUGUGGAGCUAGAGGACGGAAGCCAUUCUGUGGAGGUUACCAAAUCAGGAAAUGUUUAUACUGUGGAGGUAGAUGGAGGAAAGGUGGAAGUCAGUGGACAGUGGAACCUGGCUUCUGCACUGCUACCACUCACCAUCAACGGCACAGACAGGAUGCUACAGUGUCUGUCCAGAGAUGCUUCAGGAAGGAUUAUCUUGCAGUUCAUGGGCACAUCGUUUAAGGUUCGCGUUCUGUCAAAGUUAGCUGCAGAGUUCAACUCCUACAUGCCAGAAAAAGUAUCAGAAGACACCAGCAGCAUCCUGCGCUCACCAAUGCCAGGCACAGUGGUGGCUGUGUCCGUCAAGCCUGGAGAUACGGUUGCGGAGGGUCAGGAGAUCUGUGUGAUUGAAGCCAUGAAGAUGCAGAACAGUUUGACUGCUGUCAAGCAGGCAAAGGUUAAGAGUGUCCACUGUAAGCCCGGAGAGACGGUGGGAGAGGGAGACCUGCUGGUAGAGCUUGAAUAAAACACAACCUUUGAUGUGUGACAUCAGCACUUGGAUGAGCCCUGCACAGAGGAGGACCUGCACUGGCAAACAGACUGGACAAUAACUGAUGAUUCAUUUAUUUGCCAGUGGUCAGUCUCCCAGAGUGGCCCCUCCCACCCAGCAGAGUUUAGUUUCCCCGAUGGUGACUCUCAGCUGUGCUGUGAGCUCAGCAGUGUUACAGUGUCCUCUCCACAUGUCACACUCAUCCACGUUGCUUGUUUAGAUGCAGCUGACUUGAAAAAAACACUUGUAAAUCUUUCCGUUCUGCUCCUGUUUUGUGUGUUUUCUAGAUCUGAUCGUUAGUUUUUGUUAAAGGCUCAGUUCACCCACAUUACAGAAAAUAAUUUUACCACAGUACUGUCUUACCUUGCAGAAGGCUUUGGUUUUAGGUGCUGAGGUCUUGAGAUAUUUGCAUAGGAAAUGUCUGCUGCCAGUCCUGUACACUUGACAUGGACCUUUAGUUUAAAAGCUGCUGAUGAGUUUUUCAAAUGUAAUUAUGUAAAAUUCCAUUUAUCCUUAUUGUAUUGGAGUGGAGGCAGAAAUCUCAGAUACAGGUGUCUUAAAAAAACCAAAACAGCAUAGCUCGAUAGCACUCAAGGUAAGUAGGAAAAGUUUUGUGAUUUGGUUGAACUGACAUUUUGAGCUGACACUCUACAUACAACCAAUAAAGUGCUCCUUCUUUUCCACGUACAAUAACUCUGAACUGCUGUCUGGCUACAUCAGAAACAACAGAUAAAACCAGAGAAGGUAACUUCUGGAGAAAAUGCUGUGCGGCUACUUCCCCAAGAGGAGAGUGGGUGGCACCUUCUGACACUUUUUAGUUCUACUAUGGUGGCGGCAUCACCCGCCCCACUCCAAGGAAAAUAUUACAGAAGGAAAGGUCAUGAUGCCAGUGGCAGAGUUUGAAUUUUGCAUUGGAACCAGAGUUUGAUGCCACUUCUAUUGGAGUAAAUGGGGCAGUAAAACACACUAUAACCAGUCAUAUCUUUAUUGUUUCAACUUUCCAUGAAAAUCCCUUCACCAUAUUACAAAACCAGUCCAUUCUCAUUUCAAAGUUGUCAAAUACCGCAGCUUUGUCAGUGAUUUUGGCAUCAGACACCUGAUGCCAAAAGUGGCUUUGCCUGGCAGUAUGAUACGCUGUCUGAAUGUCAUUGACCAUGCGUACGGCCCCAGUGGCCAUUCUCUACCAUCUAGCACAGAGUGCCACUCUACCAAGAGUGCCUCCAUGUGAUAGGUGACCCUUAAAGGGGUGCCCUGCGAGGACAUGUGUGGCCUUGUGGGCGUCACCGAUCACAUUUUCCAGAUAAUAGUUAAUGUUGCCACCCUUUAUCAAUUGGGUGAGGUUCUUCUGCUUCAUCUUCAUAGUUACUCUGUCGGCCAUGUAUGAAAUAGCACAAAAGUUACAGAUGUAACUACGGUUCUUUGGAUCUUGGAUGAUCCUGAAAAACAUUCUGUAGAAAUGAUCUUGUGGAUGACAUAAAUUAUAACCUAACCAGGGUCAUCCAAGGUCACAGGUGUCUUUGUUGAUAUAAAUACUGAGACUGAAGAUAUUGAGUGUUAAGUACUGCCUCUGGAAGUCAUUCAGGAUUCAUAGAACUCUUACAUCCAUAACUUUCUAUUCAUAAAUGACUCUCUCCCAAAAAUAUUUGUCAAUGCACACAAAAAUACUUAUUGUUGUAUACAUGUAAGAAAAAAUACACCAAUAUAAUAAUAAAUGUAAUAAUAAACCCACCA